UUUGCGGCUCAUCAUGAAUAUAUGCGCCAGAUGAUGAGAAGUUUCUCUGAUCCUUUCGGAAGGGAUCCAUUUCUCAGCAUAACGGAUGGUAGGGAGAGAAGGGUCGAUCGAAGAACGCGCCAUGAAUCUCAGCUUGCUCCGAGAGGAAGUCGCAGACAAAAUUCAGAUUUUGGGGAGCCAUUUUUUGCAAUGGACAGGAUGAUGUCAAAUAUGCGAAACAGUAUGCUAGAGAUGCAAAGAAAAUUUGAUGACUUGUCUGUCCAUCCAGAUGCACACACAUUCAGCUCCUCUUCUGUGAUGACAUACUCCAAAAUAGGGGAUGAACCUCCAAAGGUUUUCCAGGCUUCAGCUCAGACACGUACGGCUCCGGGAGGUGUUAAGGAGACAAGAAAAGCCCUUAAAGAUUCUGAAAGUGGAGUGGAAAAAAUGGCUAUUGGUCAUCAUAUUCAUGACCGUGCCCAUGUUAUAAAAAAAUCAAAGAACACCAAAACCGGUGAUGAAGAACUGAACCAAGAAUUCAUCAACUUGGAUGAAUCUGAUGCCCAGAACUUUGAUGAAGAGUGGCAGAAGGAGAUUAUGAAGUUCAAGCCAUCUAGAACUACAUACAACGUAGAAGCUCCAAAAUACAGAAGUAUUCACAACAUAUCCAAAGAUGGAUCAAGAAGAGAGAAACCAGUUACAAAAACACCAGUUGCAGGUUCUAGAGGACCCAGAGUUUCUUCAGAGAACCUCAGUGUGAAAGGAUCACAUGUUCCCAUCAAAAGCAGCAAAAAAUAAACAGUUUCCAUGUCCUUUUGGACGGAGUUUCUUCAGAGAAGAUAAUGGUGCUGUCUGUUUGUAAAGUAUAUGCAUAUAUAUGACCAAUCUCUGUUUUGUUUUACUAUUAGUGUGC